AGUUCAAAGAACCAGAGUUAAAAUGAAUAGUCAAGGACAGGUUGAUAAGUUUCGUUGCUGGAAGUGUCGAAAAUAUAUAACUAAUUCUGAUUGCUUGAUAAAGGACCAGAAUGCAGAUUUAUUUGAAGUAGAGACCCCCAGGGCUGACUGGAAACCUGAUGGAUCCGCACACUGGACAACUGGAAAAUUCAACUGCCCAUUCUGUGGGGCCCAUCCUGGGGGCUUUAACUUUGUCAAUAAUGCAAAAUGUUCCUGCAAUGAGUUUACAAAUAUCCAUCUUUGUGAAAGGCGAACUGACUUCCAGACAGCUAGUUCAAUUACAUCACCAAUAUCACAACUAAAGCACUUGUCACUUUGUACAGUUCAUUCCGAUUUUAACAAGGAAAUACAGCAGAGUGUGACAGAUGGAACUAGAAAUCAAAAACUUUCAUACAUGGCCAAAACUAAUGAUGCCAUUGGAAGAUUAAUAGAGGCACUUUGCCUGGAGGUGAGAUCAACCAACUUUGAGAUGAAUAGUAAAAAAUUACACUUCAAAGUGUCUAGUCCAAAAUCAAGUCUUUCAGCUUCACUGGCUGUGAAUGACAGAUACAGUGUAAAAACUUUUCAUAGAAAAUCACAGAGUUUGGACUUUAACUUCAGACAGCAGCUUGACUUGUUGCCUCCUUUAUAUGGAACUGCCAUGAGCAAGAGACCUGUUUCUUCCAGACAACGAGAAGCACAGCGUUUUAGUACAAAGGGCUGCUUACAAUUAAAGCCUAGCAGAACAUGUAAUUAUUUUCAGUGCCCAGUGAAAUCAAAUGCUGGUGAGCUUCCAAAGACUUUUACAGUUACUUCCUACAGUGUAUUACCACCAGAAGAGGCUAAAUUUAGUUCCAUUUUAGAAGCUUCCAAAAACUAUCUUGAGAGUGUUACUACGGAUCAGCAGCUGUUGCUGUCUUCAUCAAAGAGCACUGCAAAAGAAGAUGUUCUGCAACAGUAUGUCACACCUCUUGGUCAUCUUCAGCCCUUGACAAUUAUUGAUCAAAAGUUGAGCAGGAGAAAAAGAAACCAGGAAAACAGUUUGAGGAAGAAGCAAAGAUGGCAAGAAAGAUGGUUACAAAUGCAGAGUAUGAAAACAGAAGAGGAACAUGAAUGCAGCCUAGAUAAGGAAAGCCACCUCUGUGCAGUCUGCCUGGACGUCUACUUCAACCCUUACAUGUGCCAUCCCUGCCAUCACAUCUUUUGUGAGCCUUGCCUACGCACACUUGCCAAAGAUAAUCCAAUCAGCACUCCAUGUCCACUGUGCCGUACUGCCAUUGCCCAAGUUUUUUUCCAAUCAGAACUCAACAAUUCCACAAAAUCUCACUUUCCUAAGGAAUAUUCGAAAUUAAAAGAACAUUUUCAAGAAUCAAGUUUAGCAAAGUGGCCCCUCCCUAGUUGCAAGAAAGCAUUCAAAGUUAUUGAAGGUUUUCAGAACCCAGAUUCAUUUACACGAAGGCAUUUCCCACAUGCUGCUCACAGGAUGGAUUAUAUUGAUUUUGAGGAUGAUACCCGGGGAUGGCGAUUUGACAUGGACAUGGUGAUAAUCUACAUUUAUUCCAUCAAUUGGGUUAUAGGAUUCAUAGUGUUCUGUUUUCUCUGCUAUUUCUUCUUUCCUUUUUAG